AUGUAUUCUUCAACAUGGCUACUUAUUGCAUUCGCUUUUAUAGCGUUGAAUCUAUACGAGCCGCCGAGUGAAGCAUCGCCAGACCCUCUUCCACCAUCGCUAAAAACUCUUCCACCAGAGUUGAAAGAAAUGAUCGCUCGUUUAGUGGACCCAAUCGGCUUGUUCUCGCUCCGUUUCAUUGACAAGCCAUUCCGCAGGAUCAUUCAACCCCAGAAACAACAGUACAUCGAACACCUCCUGGCUCUUGAGUGCCGUGUGAAAUAUGGAGGCCCUCCCCUACCCUUCAGGAGCUUAUUUGGCAGACCCGUCUGGCGCGGCAGCGCCUUCUUGGCAACGCGCUCGCGAUGGGCCUGUGCCGGAUGCGUGCAACUUCUCCCUUAUUACCAUUUUCAGAACAAAUUCCUGGCCUGGGUGAUCUGGCGAAAGCCCAGGCCCAAGUGCCCUGCCGCCAAGAUCAUUACUUCUUGGGAGCCAGUGCGUGCGAUGAUGGCAACACCGACGCCACUCCCAGCUGAUGGAGGCAGAAGCAUACAAAAUUUGUUUGGCUUCUUAGAAGAGCGUUUUUGGGGCCUCGUGUUGAACCAAGAGGUGCUGAACCGCGCGCGUGGCACUAGCCGACACCAUCGAAAGUGCAACGAGUGUCUCUUCAGGGACGGUUUUUUCGACCUCGCCACCAUCGCCAGAAAUCAUGGCAUGUUUGGGACCGAAAGGUUCCCCAUCAUUUCCAUUGAAUAUCAUCUCAUCAGAUCCCCCGUCGAUCGAUAUUUCCCUGGCAUCCUGGAUACCAUGCAGCAAGGGCGGCCAGUCCUAUCUUUUCUUCAAGUCAUCCCAACACCUUGGACUUUAUGGAUGGCUCGAUGUCCUCGAUGUGCGAAAUGGCAGGAGUUAAGAGCGUUCAGAUUCGGUAUGGAAAUACGUGGGGAUCGGGCCUAG